AUAAAAAACACACUUUUAACGUAUUUCUCAAAAUUACGUUGCCAAAGAAAGAAAGACUGGUCAGAGCGAAAAAUCAAAGUGAACAAAUUUGAUAGACGGCAAAUUUCAAUCCAACGACUGCGAAUGAAGUUUAAUGGCUUCUAGAUUGCCUUAUAAGAGACAAACGAAGCGAUCAAUGAUUCAAUCUCUUCCAGCUUCUUCUGCAUCUCGCCGCCGAUUCAUUUCUCGGAAGACGAUCGCGAUGAUGCUUCCUCUUGCUCUCUUCUCCGGCGCCGUUUUCCUAUUCUUUAUGCCAUUCAAUAGUUGGGGCCAAUCAUCUGGUUCGCUGGAUCUCUCCCAUAGAAUCCAUGAAAUUGAAGUAGUUGCUGAGUUUCCUCAUGAUCCUGACGCCUUUACUCAGGGUCUUCUUUAUGCGGGAAACGAUACACUGUUCGAAUCCACUGGCCUAUAUGGGAAGUCGUCAGUGAGGAAAGUGGAUCUACGAACAGGAAAGGUUGAAGUUAUUGAAAAAAUGGGUAAUUCUUACUUUGGAGAGGGUUUAACACUCCUUGGAGAAAGGCUCUUUCAAGUUGCAUGGUUGACGAAUACGGGUUUCACAUAUGACAUUCGCGACUUAAGCAAAGUAAAACCAUUUAAACAUCAUAUGAAAGAUGGAUGGGGACUGGCUACCGAUGGAGAAGUGUUGUUUGGAAGUGAUGGCACUUCUACACUAUACCGGAUGGACCCUCGAACAAUGAAAGUUACUAAUAAGCACACGGUCAGAUAUAAUGGCUAUGAGGUACGUUACCUCAAUGAGCUCGAGUACAUAAACAAAGAAGUAUGGGCAAACGUGUGGCAGUCUGAUUGUAUUGCUAGAAUUUCACCCAAGGACGGAUCGCUGCUUGGGUGGAUACUGCUACCAAAAUUAAGACAAGGAUUGCUGAAAUCUGGACAUGGGGGUAUUGAUGUCUUGAAUGGCAUAGCAUGGGACAGCGACAAGCAACGCCUCUUUGUAACCGGGAAACUGUGGCCAAAGCUGUACCAAAUCAAGCUAAAACAAGCAUCAGCAAAGAGCGGAAAAUAUAUCGAGCAACAAUGCUUGGUAUGAAAAAAUUAAGCAUGGUAAUGGUUAGAAAGGUUAAAAAGGCUAAUGUACCAUCAAUUCUUAACAUUAGCGUUUAGCAAACUUCAAUGAUGGAAGAUGAGAAUCAAAACCUCGUA